GCCAAGAGUGCACGUAGGCAUAUUGUCCCAAAAUUCAAAUGAGUCACACUUCAAUUAAUAAUAUAUUCCAAUAAACUGUUGGAGAUAAAUAUAGUUACGAGUUAAAUAUUCAUCCCUCAGUAUCGUGAACACCAGCUGAUCUGAACUGCGCCUACGGUAAAUGAAGGAAAAAUGGCAUUUGGCUUACGAAGUGCAUCGUGUGUUUUUUGGAACAGCAUUCUUACUUCUGACAUGUUCGUGUCUUCGUGCCAUGAUUCGUGCUACUAAUACAACGCCACUCUUCACCAAAUCUCGCAUCAGCUACGCGAUAAAUGCUGUUCUCGUUUUUUUUACCUUAAGUCGAGCAUUGGCGCUGCUUUUACAUGGAUACGUAAACGACGAAGCAAUCCUAACAGUUUUUGCGUUGGACGAAUUUCUUUUGAACAUAGGUUUUCCAUGUUUAAUAGCUGCGUAUACUCGCAUGAUCUACCCUUGGCUCGCAUAUCUUAAACAUCGUGUACGGCGUGUGUUCAAUAUUCUGAUAGUGCAAUGCUAUAUAUUUAUCCUAGCAGGAAUCGCAGGGACAACUUAUGAUCAACAUGUAAGUUUAUACGUCAAACUCAUACUACCAUCAUGCUCUAUUCUGUGUGCACUGUGCGCCUUCAUUACUUACGCGAAGACUUUCUACAGCAAUUCUUCUAACGAUAUUGAAAAAUCGAAUGACCUGACAGUAGGAAUCAUUAAUACAACAAGCUGUGAAACGGCAGCCAAUGACAUGAAUGAAAGGAAAGGUACAACUGAAGAAAACAUCGUUACUGUCUCGAUAUCGUGUAUAUGGAUCAUAUGCGUUGUGGUCUGGGGCUGUAUUGUGUCUGGAAACCUUAAGCGGUGGGAAAGCGAUAUAUACGUCGAGAGUUGGUAUUCGUGGAUGUACGCAAACGUACUUCGUAUGAUAGAAUUGGGAAACGCUGCCAUCAUGUCACGUCUGGUACAACGUGUCACGCUCAAGCAAAAAUUUCCGUUGCUGAUGUAAACUGUAAAACAUUCAGUCGAUUAUGCCAUCUCGAUUGUGACCGAGUUUAGAUGAUCUCAAAAUUUAGAGAGUGCAAUAACAAUUCGUUAUACUUGAAUAAUAUAUUUUUAAUUAAACAAAUAAUGAAACGUGCAUGCAUGGCUGAUAUUCUCAGGCAGCAUUUACACUGUACCGUUUUCGUAGCGUUCUCGUAUUGUUCGAGAGAACUAGACUAUUGUCUUGCGUUCCCUUGAGGAUUAAGAACAAUACGAGAACGCUACGAAAACGGUACAGUGUAAACGCUGCCUAAUAGGUAGCCCAGACAUACCGUGCGAUUUAAAUCAGUUAAAUGCUUGGUAUACUUAAUUACCCCCUGCGGUAUCGAUUUCAAGAUAAUAAUGUUAACGAUUAGCUCAAACAUAUUCUGAAUUUUUACACUAAAAUGUAUCACUAAUCAAUACUUAUCGUUGAAGAAAAUAUACUUAGGUACUCAGCAAAAAUAAAUAGUUUAUACCUUCAGUAGAAGCACUUGAAAUCCAGCUUUAAAAUCGUGACAUUCACGGCGACGCGGCGAUUUUAAAGCUGGAUUUCAAGUGCUUACACUAAAGGUAUAAACUAUUUAUUUUUGCUGAUGCAUGCUAUGUUCCUAAGUAAUAUAUUUCCUUCAACGAUAAGUAUUGAUUAGUGAUACAUUUUAGUGUAAAAAUUCAGAAUAUUGUUGAGCUAAUCGUUAACAUUAUUAUUUUGAAAUCGAUACCGCAGGGGGUAAUUAAGUAUGCCAAGCAUUUAAAUUUAAAUCGCACGGUAUGUCUGGGCUACCUAUGAUAUUCUUCUUGGGGAGACGCAAUCCCUUAGCGGAUAGUGUCCAGCUGGGGAUCUCUCUGCAGGUGAGACAGUAUAUGCGCUGUGAGAGUUUGGGUAUUGUCAUAGCUCGAAGGUCGAAAGUCGAGGUCAAGGGUCGCAAGUCAAGAGUUGAAAAUGGAAAUUUAUUUAUUUCAUUAAUAAUACAUUAGAACACUAUAUUUUUCGAAUUUGUUGUCAAAAUUUUAAAGGUUUUCCUAUAUAACUAACUUUAUGAAUGUUAGUAAAGGACAAUGUAAAUCCAUUC